AUGACAGGUUGCUCCUCCGCCCGGGGGAUGGAUGGUUGGAACGCUAACCAUCAGGCGAUCCGGAGAAUUGUGUCGUAUAUUGUACACAGCAAGCUGAGAAGUGGCUCUGGUCCCACCCAGAGCGCAGUGGAUCGUUCAGGCAAAAGACUCGGAAAGCCCGCCAUUGGACGUCACCAAGAACCGGCCAGGAUUGGACACUCCUUCACCGGCCACUCAAAGACCUCUUCCGACACUGUCAAUGGCCGCCCAGACAGGUGUCAGCUUCACGGUGAUCUUCACACGGCAUCGAGUCAAUUUCGCAGACUAUUGGCCUGCUCAGUGACGGUUCCUAUCACAGCCCCGGCCAGGACGGGGGCUUCAGAUAGCUUGUCAAGACGUGGGGUGUGUGUGUGCGUGUGUCGAAGAGAAGAGUCCUUGCGCCCGCGGCUGGCCGUUUGGACGCCGCCACGCUUCGGCCUGGUCAGCCAUUUUGGAGAGCGGGCGAAUCACACUGCAUGCGCAGUCCAAAGACGUGAUGGCUCGCCGUGCUGCCUCUGGCGCGUUGGAGCCAACACCAGCGCGCAUAUCAGCCGGGUGCCUGGGCCCGGCAGUGACAUCCUUGUCCCCAGUCCCGCCUCUGGUACGAGUCCCGGCUGCCCUUGCACACCUCCUGCUUGCCUUGGCUACCAAUUCACUAGGGCCCCGCCGCGCUAG